AUGUCUGAUUACGUCGAGUUAUUGAAAAGAGGUGGUAAUGAAGCCAUCAAAAUUAAUCCUCCAACCGGUGCUGAUUUCCACAUUACAUCCCGUGGUUCAGAUUGGCUUUUCACUGUCUUUUGUAUUAAUCUGCUAUUUGGUAUAAUUCUAGUUCCACUGAUGUUCAGAAAGCCAGUCAAGGAUAGAUUCGUAUACUAUACCGCCAUAGCCCCAAAUUUGUUUAUGUCUAUUGCUUAUUUCACAAUGGCUUCUAACUUGGGCUGGAUUCCCGUAAGAGCUAAAUACAAUCAUGUCCGAACCUCUACUCAGAAGGAACACCCAGGUUACAGACAAAUUUUCUACGCCAGAUAUGUGGGUUGGUUUUUAGCUUUUCCAUGGCCAAUUAUCCAAAUGUCCCUGCUUGGUGGUACUCCAUUAUGGCAAAUCGCUUUCAAUGUUGGUAUGACCGAAAUUUUUACCGUCUGUUGGUUGAUUGCCGCUUGUGUCCAUUCCACUUACAAAUGGGGUUACUACACCAUUGGUAUUGGUGCUGCCAUUGUUGUUUGUAUUAGCUUAAUGACUACUACCUUCAACUUGGUUAAGGCCAGAGGUAAAGAUGUCUCCAAUGUUUUCGUUAUCUUCAUGAGUAUUAUCAUGUUUUUAUGGUUGAUUGCCUACCCAACGUGCUUCGGUAUUACUGACGGUGGUAACGUAUUACAGCCAGAUUCUGCUACCAUUUUCUACGGUAUCAUUGAUCUACUGAUCUUAUCCAUCUUACCGGUUCUUUUCAUGCCAUUAGCUAACUACUUAGGUGUUGAAAGAUUAGGUUUAAUCUUCGACAAUGAACCUGAACAUGUUGGCCCAGUUGUAGAAAGAAAAAUGCCUUCUCCAGACUCCUUCAAGUCAUCUGAUUCCGACUCUAGUCUCAAGGAAAAAUUAAAGUUAAAGAAGAAGCAUAAGAAGGACAAGAAGAAGGCCAAGAAGGCCAAGAAAGCCAAGAAAGCCAAGAAGGCUCAAGAAGAAGAAGAAGAUGUUGCCACCGAAUCUGAAUAG